AAGAAGAAGAAGAGGAACCUUCGUUGCUGUGUUGUGUGUUCCUCCUACCCGGGCGCGGUUUGCAGACACACCGUUGCUAUUGGAUGCAAGAGCAGCUUCUCCGCAUUAGCAGCAUGCUAACAGCAGCAAAACUGUCAGAGAAAAGAGAAGAAAAGAUAUAAAACGUCACAGUUUAUACUCCGACGUUAUCACACUCUGAUGUUGUGACGUCAUAACUGCGAUAAACUGAAGCUAUGUGUUUAUCUCAGGAGCUAACAGCAGGAUGAGCUGUAACGUUAAGCCUUUAAACUAAGCGGCUAACAACCGUUAGCUCCUCUAUGUGUGUGUAUGUGUGUUUGAGCAGAGAGUCUCCGGUAGUUUAACGGCUAAAACGGCAGUUUAACAAUAUGGGGAAUGUACGAGAACCGACAGGGACACGAGGAUGACCCAGCUGGUACUGAUGUUCUGCUGAAGGAUCAGACAAGCAGCUGGACUCUUCAGGUGUUUGAACAUGACUGAGAAAUACUUUGGCCUUAGCCGGUGCAAACCGGGCCAGGCCAUCCUGCUUCUGGACGUUUCUCUUCUCCCCAUGCUGGUUUAUGGAGCGCUGACACCUCCAACAUGUCUGACUAUGAUCCAGCUGCUGUAGAGGGGCAGGCGGCUGCAGAGGAACCUCCUGGUCCCGGUCGUCCCCCCCUGGCAGAGAAGGCCCUGUCGGAGGCCUUUGCUCGGCUGAGGUACCGGGACACGUCCGUGCUGAUCUGGCAGCAGCAGCAGCAGGACCUGCAGGCAGCCCCUCCCUCCACCUACCUGAACCGCAGCCAGUCGGCCUGGUACAGCAGCUUCGGAAACCAGGCCGUGCUGGUCCGGGACAAGAAGGGCCUGAAGGACGCAGAAGGGCGGUCCAGGAUCUGCAGCGUCAUGUAGACUGGAACCAGAAACCUGAACAGACUGGUUUGAUUUUAAAACCGAGACUUAGCCUAGUUUGUUAUUCACACCGAACUCCAUGUAUUUUUGAGUUGAUUUAAACCUGAUUUUAAAGGCUGGUGCUGCUCCAUUUUAUCUAUUAAUGACCCUUAAAGAUAAAGCCACAUCUGCUUGUUUUAUGUGACUUUUGUGAGCAGUUUAACUCAAAGUGGAUUUUCCCUCAAAUUAACCUCAAAUGUUUUCUAAAACUGUUUUUAUUUUCCCAUAAAGCUUAUUAUCUUGCGA